CAGAGGGAAGAAAAUAUAGGAAAGCAAUCAUGGAGGAGACCAUUUCUUUGAUAUUUCAUGGGUUGAAGAAAGUAAAAGAGCUUGAAUUAAACCUGCCAAAUUACUUGGCCAACCAGCCUCCACAUCUUCUUUCCAGUUCUCUGGAGGAGAUCAUCACCAUCUUUGUGGAGGCUAAAGAAAGGCUUGUAACGAGUCACGAGUCGUCAUCUCAACGGGUGGCAAUGCAGAAUAUAGAUGCCAGCUUGCAGGAGUGGGUGAUAAGAUCAGGUGAGACGAAGCUUUUAGGCGGGAAGGCUGGAGAGGUGUCUGAUCAAAUUAUGUGCAGAAAAGAUUUGGAUCAGGGUUGCAGUAGUACACCAUUCAGGAAUUCUAAUGUGAAUCAGGCAAUGGAGGUUUCCGAUUCUGGCAAGCUGCCUAUUACUUGUUCAUCAUUACAAAGACCACGAAGACGCAGGCAAGAUGAAGAAGAUAGAAGAACAGUAAGGGUGGCUGCUCCUCGGAUGGGAAACACUGACAUACCCCCAGAUGAUAACUUCAGUUGGAGAAAAUAUGGGCAGAAAGAAAUAUUGGGUUCCAGGUUCCCAAGGGCAUACUAUAGGUGUACCCACCAAAAGUUGUACAACUGUCCGGCCAAGAAGCAAGUGCAGCGCCUUGAUGAUGAUCCUUAUAUGUUCCUAGUCACGUAUAGAGGCAGCCAUAGCUGCUACACAUCAGCUGCUGCAGUGCCCACCACAUCCACGGAGAUGAUAAUCGCUACUACUACUACUACUGGUAUUACUACUACGGAUCAGUCUAAUGUCGUGACUACAAGUACAAGUGGCCUUUCGCUUAAUCCUCUACCUCUUGACAGAUGGUUGUCUGUCCAGGUUAGCGUUGGUGGCAGCAGCCUCAGCCAUAGAUAUGAUAAAGAAACGGAGUAUGCAGCAGGAGUUGUUGACAUGGCUGAUGCUAUGUUUAAUUCUGGUAGCAGCGGUGGGAAUAAUACCAUGGAAUUUAUUUUCCCUUCUCAGCAUCCUCCCCAGUCGUGACAAGGAUAUUUGAUUAUGUACUUUCAAU